ACUUCGAGAACACCCCCGAAAACACCACGAUUCUCACACCAAACACACACACACACACACACACACACACACACACACAAAAGCUCUCAAAAAGAGAAAGGAAAUCUCCGAGAUCCCCCCUUCCUAACCUCGAGAUUCGUACUUCCCCAGACCCAAAACAUCCGCCCGAUCUUCUUCUCCUUCUCCAAAUCCUAACAGACGGUCAGAUCUCUCUCUCUCUCUCAACCCUUCGCGAUCCUUUCGUUGCUCCACAUUGAUCCUCUGAGAUCUCCCCAACCCUACUUAUUUAACCCCUCUCCAUCCUCCGCUUCAUCUGCCGCCAUGUCGUCUUUCGCCGCCGGUGAGCUCAUGCAUGUCCUCGCCGUCGAUGAUAGCUCCGUUGACCGCACCCUCAUCGCCACCCUUCUCCGCAGCUCCAAACACCGAGUGACCACGGUGGAUAGUGGCAAGAGAGCUCUUGAGUUGCUUGGCUUGGAAUCGGAUGUGAAUAUGAUAAUAACGGAUUAUUGGAUGCCGGAAAUGACUGGCUAUGAGUUGUUAAAGAAAGUCAAGGAAUCAUCGGUGUUGAGACAGAUACCCGUUGUUAUUAUGUCUUCUGAGAACGUCCCUACCAGGAUUAACAAGUGCUUAGAGGAGGGGGCGGAGGACUUUUUGUUGAAACCGGUGAGAUCAUCGGACGUGCGUCGAGUUUGCGGGCGGAUGAUGAUGCGAUAAUGACCGUUAGAUGAAGCAUCAACGGUUGUGAUGGAUUGCUAUUAAAGAAAAUUUAUUUUUGAGGG